AAGUUCACUCAAAUUUAAAAAUCUCAACUCAAAUUUUAUGCAGGUCGGAAAAGAGUUUGAAGUGGCGGGCUUUGAUUGGUGUAAAUCUCCACGUUUGCAACUGACGUGGUGCUAAAAAGUCGGGCUUCAUUUCGCCGCAACGAACCCUUGUGGGGUGAGGUUCGCUCGCUUGCUCAAUUUCUGCCUCGCGAUUUCUGCUGUGCUCUGCGAGUGCACAAGGUAAACCCUAACUGUACGAUCACCACCUUCUUCUUCUUAUUCUCAUUGGCAAUCAAGAUCUCAGAGACGAGUCGACUCGCCAUAUGCGGAUGGACUGGUCACACUCUUCUUUUGUUUCGAUUGGCGAAAGAAGUUUCUACUUGAACCAAUUUAUUUCUUCUUAUUGGUGGAGGAGCUAGUCUUUUUGAUUGCUAAUAUUUUCAUUGGAGUUCCUAGCUAUCUGUUUGUGAAGACGAAUUAGAAAAUGGAUCACCAUGAGGACGAAGGCCGUGUUGGGGGUGAACACCAUGGCAAGCAAGAUGAUGAGGAAGCAGUUGCUCGCCUUGAGGAAUUUAAGAAGUCAAUGGAAGCAAAAAUGGCUCUUCGCCAUAGUAAUUUGAAUCCUGAAAGGCCUGACUCAGGUUUUCUUAGGACGCUGGAUUCGAGCAUUAAGCGUAACACAGCAGUUAUAAAAAAACUCAAGCAGAUAAAUGAAGAGCAAAGAGAAGGCUUAAUGGAUGAAUUGCGAAGCGUCAACUUAAGCAAAUUUGUUAGUGAAGCAGUGACCGCUAUUUGUGAGGCCAGGCUUAGAACUUCAGACAUACAAGCAGCAGUUCAGAUCUGCUCUUUGCUUCAUCAAAGGUACAAAGACUUCUCGCCAAGCCUAGUGCAAGGCCUUUUGAAAGUCUUCUUUCCUGGAAAGUCUGGGGAUGACUUGGAUGCCGACAGGAACAUGAGGGCCAUGAAAAAGCGCAGCAGUUUAAAACUCCUGGUUGAACUUUACUUUGUUGGGGUAAUAGAAGACAGUGGCAUUUUCAUCAAUAUCAUUAAGGAUCUUACUGGUGUAGAAAACUUGAAGGACCGAGAUGCCACUCAGACAAACUUGUCUCUACUUGCCAGUUUUGCGCGGCAGGGGAGAAUUUUCCUUGGUCUUCCAUUGUCUGGACAGGAAAUUUAUGAAGAGUUUUUUAAGGGCCUUAGUAUCACAGCAGAUCAGAAGAAAAUCUUCAGGAAAUCAUUUCAUGCUUACUAUGAUGCUGCUGCAGAACUACUUCAGGCUGAGCAUUCUUCACUUCGCCAAAUGGAGCAUGAAAAUGCAAAAAUUUUAAAUGCCAAAGGGGAGCUUAGUGAUGAAAAUGUCUCGUCAUACGAAAAGCUGCGGAAAUCUUAUGACCAUUUGUAUCGUGGUGUCUCAUCUUUAGCAGAAGCACUUGAUAUGCAGCCUCCAGUUAUGCCUGAGGAUAAUCACACGACUAGGGUAACUACCGGAGAGGAUGCAUCAUCACCUGCAGCUGGAAAAGAUUCUUCUACUCUUGAAGCCAUCUGGGAUGAUGAAGAUACAAGGGCCUUCUAUGAAUGUUUACCAGAUCUCAGAGCAUUUGUUCCUGCAGUAUUAUUGGGAGAGGCAGAGCCCAAGGGCAACGAACAAUCUGCAAAGACACAAGAGCAAUCAACUGAGCCUGCCCCUGAACUGGACCAAGUUCAGGUGACUGCCCAAGACAGCACAGAUGUUUCUGCGGAUCCUGGUACUUCUCAAGAGGGGAAAGGCAAUGAGAAAGGAAAGGACAAAGAAGAAAAGGAUAAAGAGAAGACAAAAGAUUCAGAUAAGGAUAAAGGGAAAGAAAAAGAUGCUGACAGAAGAAGUGAAAAUGAAAAAGAGAAAUUUAAAGGUCUUGAUGGGGCAACUUUGGAUGGCCUACUGCAGAGACUUCCUGGUUGUGUGAGCCGCGACCUUAUUGACCAAUUAACUGUAGAAUUUUGUUACUUAAAUUCGAAGUCAAACCGGAAGAGGCUUGCUAGGGCAUUGUUUAAUGUCCCAAGGACAUCUCUAGAACUGUUGCCAUACUACUCUCGUAUGGUCGCCACGCUGUCAACUUGUAUGAAGGAUGUUUCUUCUUUGCUGUUGCAAAUGUUGGAUGAGGAGUUCAAUUUCUUGAUAAAUAAGAAGGAUCAAAUGAACAUUGAAACAAAGAUCAGGAACAUUAGGUUUAUUGGAGAACUCUGCAAGUUUAGAAUUGCACCCGCUGGCCUUGUUUUCAGUAGUUUGAAGGCUUGUUUGGAUGAUUUUACUCAUCAUAACAUCGAUGUUGCUUGCAAUCUUCUUGAGACUUGUGGGCGUUUUCUAUAUCGAUCACCUGAGACUACUGUGCGCAUGGCUAAUAUGUUGGAGAUAUUGAUGCGCUUAAAAAAUGUAAAAAAUUUGGAUCCUCGUCACAGUACCCUUGUAGAAAAUGCUUAUUACCUAUGCAAGCCACCUGAAAGAUCUGCACGCAUCGCUAAAGUUCGUCCUCCAUUGCAUCAGUAUGUCAGAAAAUUGCUUUUCUCGGAUCUUGACAAGACUUCUAUUGAGCAUGUGCUGAGACAACUUCGUAAAUUACCAUGGGGCGAAUGUGAGGCCUAUCUUUUGAAAUGCUUUAUGAAGGUUCACAAGGGGAAGUACGGCCAGAUUCACUUGCUUGCAUCACUCACUGCUGGAUUGAGCCGCUAUCAUGAUGAUUUUGCAGUUGCAGUUGUUGAUGAGGUUUUGGAGGAGAUUAGGCUGGGGCUAGAAUUGAAUGACUAUGGGACGCAGCAGCGACGCCUUGCACACACGAGACUGUUGGGGGAGCUAUACAACUAUGAACAACUGGAUUCUUCUAUUAUUUUUGAAACACUUUAUUUGAUUCUUGUUUUUGGUCAUGGGACAGCAGAGCAAGAUGUUCUAGAUCCUCCAGAAGAUUGUUUCCGCAUCAGGAUGGUUAUUACACUUCUUGAGACCUGUGGGCACUACUUUGAUAGAGGUUCUUCCAAGAGGAAACUCGAUCGAUUCUUAAUACAUUUCCAGCGGUAUAUUCUCAGCAAAGGUGCAUUACCACUUGAUAUUGAAUUUGAUUUGCAGGACUUAUUUGCGGAAUUGCGCCCCAACAUGACCCGCUAUUCCUCCAUUGAAGAGGUUAAUGCAGCUCUUAUAGAACUUGAGGAGCAUGAACGUACUGUCCCAACUGAUAAGGCCACCAGUGAGAAGCAUUCUGACACUGAAAAAUCAUCUAGGAAUGCCUCUCGUUCCAUAUCAGGAAAUGGGCAAAGCCUUGCAAAUGGUACUGAGGAAAAUGGAGUGCAUGAAGAAGUCAGAGACAGUGAUAGUGACUCAGGUAGUGGCAGCGUUGAUCCGGAGGGACAUGACGAAGAAGAGGAGUUGGAUGAAUUGAAUCAUGAUGAUGGAUGUGACAGUGAUGAUGAUGAUGAUGAUGUGGUUGGAGCUGCUUCUGAUGAGGAGGACGAAGUCCAUGUCAGACAGAAGGUGCAGGAGGUGGACCCCCAAGAAGAAGCUGACUUUGACAAGGAGCUCAGGGCUCUAAUGCAGGCAAGUUUGGACUCACGCAAGCUGGAGCUGCGGUCUCGCCCAACACUGAACAUGAUGAUACCAAUGAACAUAUUUGAGGGAUCUGCCAAAGAUCACCACGGAAGGGGUGUUGAGGGGGAAAGUGGAGAUGAGACACUGGAUGAAGAGGCUGGAGGAAACAAGGAGGUUCAGGUGAAGGUUCUUGUGAAACGUGGUAACAAGCAACAAACGAAACAGAUGUACAUUCCUCGGGAUUGCUCGCUUGUGCAGAGCACGAAAGAGAAGGAAGCAGCUGAGCUUGAAGAGAAACAAGACAUUAAGAGGCUGAUAUUGGAGUACAAUGAUAGAGAAGAGGAAGAGCUUAAUGGGGUUGGGGCUCAAGCAUCAAGCUGGAUGCCUAGUGGGAGCAGUAGAGUUGGUGGCCGCGCUGGCACAUGGGAAGGAAGUGGUGGGAGAGCUGGCGGACGUCAUCGACAUCAUCACUAUCAUCCAGUUGGUGGGCUCUAUUAUGGCAGAAGAAGAUGAAAAUGUUGACUUUGUAGGCUUGGAGGACAAAAUCUUUGUUGUGUUCCCCAGUAGUAACUAAAUUGGGCAAUUGCUUGCCGAUGUGGCUGUUGAAGGGAUAAAGCGUGCACAAAUUUUAUGUGAUAUGUACGUUUAGUCAUGAAGGAGCAGUUUGAGCCUCUGAGCUCGAGGACUGCAUCCUUUUCUCUUCUCUAGUUGGCAAGGUUGAUAUUUGUGUAUCACAGCAUGUACCAAGUGAUGGCUUCAAGAUGAGCAACAAUGAUGACGAGUCCGAUCUAAAAAAAAAAAAAAGUGAUGGCUUCAAGUGCGGUUUUUGGGAAGUAGAAAUGCUGAUGUUGUGUUACAUAGUAGUGACUGCUCGUGGUACAACUUGUCAGUUCUUUCCCCACUUCUUGGAAGUAGUUGCUUGUUGGAUAUGGUUAGAUGACUGCACUGUAUUUUAGUGCAUUAAUCUUAAACUUUGUAUAUUUGUCUAUAUGUUAUGUGAAAAAGAAUUUACCUUGCUUCUGUACUCGAAUGAAAGCGUGAAAUGAGACAAUUGCCUUCA